AGCUCUGAGUGAUGCUGUCACAGCCCAGAAGUUCUUACUACCACAGUUUCACUGGUCUAGUGGAAGGCGAACAGGCAAUUGCGGGCGCUUUGUCACCACAUUUCUACCUCGCAACUUCUGUUGCAACCCAUUUUCGGAACGUUUCAUACGUUCCUGCAUCAUAUCAGUCUUGUUGUGCUUAGCCUCGCCUGACAUUGAUUCCCCCGAGCGUGCAGGAGUCAUCGAGGUCGUUCGGUAGCGGAAUACAUGUCGGCCGCGUCUGACUCAGCAGAGGUGGUCCAUCUAUAACUAGUAGUAUAAGGCGAGCCAGAGUGCCAUUGGUGUAUCAUCUCUACUCCGACUUCGACUUCAAAUACUUGCUUAUUGCUCUUCUAAUUUUCUUAUCCUCUUUCCUCCAUCUCGCUGGACGUGUCCAUGUCGGCCAUACCCAGUCCCGCACCUGUUUCUGAACAUAUCACCAAUCCGAAACAGCUAAAUAAGCGGCGCGGUCCAGCAAGAGGCACACCAGAAACCGGAGGCGAAAGUUCUGCUCAAGGUUUAACAAACGUCGAAGCCGGUCCCUCCAGACAAUAUGGAGAGCCUCAUAAAAGGCGUCCCUACCGGACCAGGAAGCCUCGAGCUGCAGGAGAUGGAAGUGGGGUUGAUUUAGAAGCUGGUCACUCGGGUCUUUCUGCACCUACUAGUGAAACGCCUGGCGAGAACCUACCUCCCCAACCUCGUAGGGAUGGACGCCCAUCUCGCAACCGCGAACGACCCAGACGUUCAGACAACGCUGCUCCGGGUGCACCGAGUGAAGCCGACGUUGCUGCAAAAGCAGGUGAAGCCGUUUCACCUUCAGCUGCAACACAGAAAGCAGAUCGAAAUAAACGAGGUGUUAAGUUCAACCCAAACCUAACCGACUCUAAGGAUUUCAAGCCCAAACCUGCCCAUAAGUAUCGAAGCAAGGCACCAAAGGCCGACGACCUGACCUCCAGAUUGAUUCAUUCCCUAUCCAGGCCACCCUACGCCGACUGUCCUAUCUGCUUUUCUGCCAUUCACCCCGCUCAACCUUCAUGGUCGUGCUCCCCUCUUAUACCCAUUUCUCCAGUAACAGACGAGAAGGAAAGCUCUGGCGAAGCAAGUAGGACGGCAGAAACCGCGCAGUGCUGUUGGACGACUUUCCACCUGAAGUGCAUUCGAUCUUGGGCUUCGAAGAGUGUAAAGGAUCUAGAGGACGCUUGGCGUGCUAGAGGUGACAGUCGCAAGGCCGAAUGGCGUUGUCCCGGUUGUCAGGCAAAGCGUUUGGUUGUCCCGACUAGUUAUUGGUGUUUUUGCGGGUCUACUCCUGAUCCAAAACCUCCUCGGUUAGCUACCCCUCACUCCUGCGGAGGUCCCUGUACCCGACCUCGUGCUUGUGGACACCCUUGUUCGCUCUCUUGCCAUCCAGGUCCAUGCCCUCCAUGUCAGAUUACGAUUCAACUCCCGUGUCAUUGUGGUCGCCGGUCCAUGUCCUUUCGCUGUUCACAUUUGUCACUCAGCAAGGUCAGACAAGCUCCUCCGGUCGAUCUUUCGUGUGGAAAUAAAUGUGGCAAGAAGCUGAACUGCGCAAACCAUGCAUGUGAGGACGUCUGUCAUGAUGGGCCAUGUAAACCAUGCCCAGUCACGUAUGUGGCGAAAUGCUAUUGUGGGAAAGAAGAGAAGGACUUGAGGUGUGGAGAAGGCAUUGAGAAAGCGUCAGCUAUCGUCGAUACCGCUGGCGAACACAACUGGAUCGGUCAGUUUCCUUGCGAGAACGUUUGCAAUAGGGCUUUCGACUGCGGUAUACAUCAUUGUCAGAAACCUUGUCAUCCUCAGGACCCAUCUCCUUCUACAUGUCCUCGUUCGCCUUCGCUCGUUACCCAUUGUCCCUGCGGGAAGCACGAGUUAUCUCCAUCCACUGCCGAGUUCUUUCCUCCCGCUAGCGAACUCAUCAGAACAACAUGUACCGAUCCCGUCCCAACGUGCGAGUCAACUUGCAUGAAACCCCUAGACGGUUGUGAGCACGCUUGCUCUGCCAAGUGUCAUAUUGGACCGUGUCCUCCUUGUUCAAUCAUGCUUGUACGACCCUGUCGGUGCGGUUCGACUACUCGCAACGUUAAAUGUUCAGAAGAACAAGUUCGAAUGAUGGCCCGCGAACAUGGAGAACCAGACAGCGAGAUCCUGUGCGACAGGUUGUGCACAGCGUUGCGGAAUUGCGGACGACAUCAGUGCAACCGUGUGUGCUGUCCUCUUGCUUCGCUUGCUCCUGUUACAAGAGGCAAAGGGAAGAAAAAGGCAGCAGCCUUGUUCGAGACAAACGUCGCGGACGAAGAGGGUUGGCAUGAAUGCGAUCUUGUGUGCGGCAAGAUGCUCAGUUGCGGAAAUCAUAAGUGCGAGGAGAGAGAUCAUAAAGGUGCUUGUCGGCCUUGCUUGCGCAGCUCCUUCGAGGAGAUGAUUUGCCAUUGUGGACGAACGAUCCUUGAGCCUCCCAUUCCCUGCGGAACUCGUAUCCAUUGCUCCUAUCCUUGUGAUCGUCCACCUCCGCCGUGCGGUCAUCCGAUGGCGCCACAUAUCUGUCAUGAAGACCCCAACCCUUGUCCGCCUUGUAUCUUCCUCAGCGGCAAGCGUUGUGCUUGUGGCAAGAAGAUUGUCGACAAUGUUCGGUGUUCUCAGGAGAAAGUAUCUUGCGGGACGACCUGUGGAAAGCUUUUGAGUUGUGGAUUCCAUCAUUGUGAAAGGCUUUGCCACGGAGAUAGUUGUGGCCCUUGCACUGCAGUCUGCGGCAAACCUAGGAAACUCUGUUUGCCAGCCCAUCAUCCCUGCACAUUGCCAUGCCACGCACCUGCUGCCUGUUCAGAAGCAGAAUCUUGCCGUUCUGUCAUUUAUAUCACUUGUCCUUGCGGUCGAAUCCGCCAACCAGUCCCCUGUGGGCGUAGUACAGCUAACCCAGCUGGUCGUGAAGGCUCCCAACAACUCAAAUGUUCAAACGAGUGUCUGAUUGCGAAGCGGAAUGCUCGUUUGGCCGAAGCACUUGGGAUCACUCCUGAGAGCCGUGAGGAAAGUCGACAACAAAUCAUUUAUAGCGAUGAAUUACUGUCGUUUGCAAGAGCCAACCCAAAAUUCUGCGCGAUGGUGGAGAAGAGCUUCUCUGAUUUCUUGUCUUCCGGGAAGAAGAAUCAGAUACUGGCGCAUAUGCCGGAAGUACGUCGCAAGUUUGUUCACGACCUUGCUGCAGUUUACCGCAUGGAUACGCAGAUGGUUGACCAAGAGCCACACCGUAGUGUGCAGUUGAUACAACGCAUCGACUCUCGUGUACCCACUCCCACGUUGUCUACUGCUGCCUCUUCAACGCCGCCAGCUUCAUCGAUGCAUACGGGACUAGGUAAACUUGCGGACCUCCGUGCGCCCGUCUCGCAACAAUCCACCAGACCUACAACACCAGCAUGGUCGCGUGCUUCUACCCCCGCGUCAACGUCGGCGGCUGGCAAUGGUAGAGGAUGGACGUCCGUUGUUACUCAACGCCCAACAGCGAAGACUGACGUCAGCCCUACUGCCUGGCUUACGGACAGCAGCGCUCGUGCGGCUGCUGCCCAGAAUCCUCCAGUUCCUUCCACCUCUCGUGUUGCCCAAGCCCCGCCGGGCGUUCCAGUGCCAUCAACGAGUCAAGCGGCUGAAGAUGUGCCAGAGAGCUGGGAAGAUGAACAGUGAGGAUGUGAUUUACUUCGAAUUGCUCGAAUCUUGUAAACAUACUACUCUCAAUAUCAUUGUUCUCCACAUAGCC